AAAGGUUGGUUUUUUUUGGAGAGGAACUGUCUGCACUAAAUGGGAAGGUAUGAAUUACCAUCUUCAGCUUUUGAAGGGAAACAACUAUUCUUGUGUAUCUUCCAGAAAAUCCAUCUUUAUGAAGAUUUUGAUACUGCAUACUUCCAGCCACUUAAAUUUAAAAUGCUGGGAUUUGAAGCAGAGAAUAAUUCCCACUGAUAACAGUGGAAACUUGAAGUGAUCAGAAUGACUGCUCCCAAAGAUCCUAUUCCCCAUUUUAUCCCAGAAUGCCCAGAAAUGAACCUAAACUGAUUCAUUCAGUGUGGCUUUAGAAUACUAAUGCUUUACAUAGAGCAAUAUCUAGAUCUGACAUAGGUGCCUUUAUCACCAUAUUUUAAGCUUUCAUAAAUACUUACAGAAAGACUCUUCAGAAAGUGCCAUAGUAAAGUCAAUAGUUGAAGUGACAAUUUCCUUUGCAAAUCAGUAACUUCCUUGUAACUGAAUUUUAGUGUGCUUUUCUUGCCUGUCUAAUUUGCUGCAAAAUGCCAUUUAAGUCCUCUCCUCUCUCCUUCCCUCUCCUCCAAAAUGUGUUAGUAGUAGAGGUAGGUAAUGACUGAAGGAGGGGUGGAACGACAAGGAUUUUUUUUCUCCCUUUUCAAAUUAAUACAUAUUACAUAUAAAGUAAUAAUUAAUAAUGUUACUGUGCUGCCAGGUUGGUAUGCUAUAAUUUUAUCCACUGACAGUCUGGUUUUCCUUCCAAACAUAAAGGAUAAUUUAUUUUUUAUCUCUUUCAGGACAUUAUUGAGACUGAAAGCUUGGCUUUCAAAAAUACAGGAAACCCAGGAUGGUAAAAGUUGUACGGUACAAGGAUAUAGCCACUAACUAACAUAUUCAAAUAAUUUGGGUGAAUAGUCAGUGUAUGCUGACAGGUGCUUGUUUGGCUUGAAGUUUGGAAGGGGAGGAAGCAAUUGCAGGAAGUAAUCCUUAUCCAGUUGCUGAAAAAUUAAGUGUUUCUUAAACUGGGAAAUUUACCCGUGCACUACCAUCUUCACUGCUCAGAUUAAUAAAAACAAGGUUUUAUGGCUCUUUCCAUGUAGUCCAUAAAGUCUGAUGGAUUACCUGUUUCUUACUUUAUGUUUAAAGGAAAUUAAUCUCUUUCCAUAGGUUUUCUAACACCACCUCAGUUGCCUCAAUACUGGAAUGACAACACUCAGAAGAUUUCUUGAUAUCCUCAACUGUAGAAGUUUCCAGAAUCUAAAAGUCUGUCAGCACUGGGAAGAUAACUUCAAGUAGCAUUCUAGAUCUGCUUUUAGUAGCCCUCUAAAAGGAAAUUUUGUGGAAUAUCCCUGUGUCUGUCAAGUAACCGCAGUGCUUUAUAAAAACAGUUGCUUUAAGCAUCAGUUAUUCAGACAGUUCUUCUAGUUACUGUCCAGGAGGUUCUCAAUUUCUUCUGAAGUGCACAGGCAAACCAAGACUAGAUGUAAUUUUGCAGAAGAAAUUGUCCUUUUCUCCCUCCUUCCCUUCCACCCCACUAAAAUCAUUACCAGCCAUAGUAAUGCUUGGACAUGCUUCCCCCUCUGUGCUAUUCUAGUGUCCUGGGGCAUCACUGCAUGGAAGGGGAAAGAUCAGAGACAGGCUUGAAGGGAACUGAAUAGACGAGCCACUUGGACAUAAAGAAUGAACCUAGAUCAGAGCCUUUGCUUCUCCCUUCACUAUGAGGCUGAAAACUACUUCUUUCUGUGCAAGAAUCUCACUGUUUUAAUUUAAGUGCAUGAUUUUAGAUGCUUAUGGGGAGACGUGGCAGAAUGGAAGACUAGAGCUUAGAGCAAGACAUUUUAAAAACCAGCCUUCUCUGCUCUGCCUUACAGCCUGCUCGUUGAAAGGACAUGUCAGAGUCCAGGUUACAGACCAGACUGUAAGUAUCAUGUUCUUCUCGUUUUGUUUUUUUUUUUCUGUAUUUUCCAAAACACAGUCCUGCAGUUUCACUUCAGGUGGCACAUCUGACAGCUGUCACCUAAGUUUCAUGAAGGCCAAGAGAAAUGGGGGGAAACGACAUAAAAAGCUAAUGGCCAGCUAUGCUAUCCUGAGACCUCAUGAGUACCUUAUUUUUUUUCCCCUGGUUGGCUGGAGUGCAGGUUUAGUUAUUUGAUAUUCAAAUUUACCUAUUUAACUAUUUAAUUUAACUAUAGCAGAAACAGAAUCAAACCUUAACUGUGUUUUGCUUUGCUUUGACCCUAGAGGGCAUUUGUUUUGACUCCAUAUUAUUAAACUUGCCUUGUUUCCAAACGGAAAAGUCCUACUGAAUCACAGUUCAUCUACUUUCACUCAAGUAAAAUCUCAUUCCUUUUCUCCUCUCCCAGGACUAACUCAUAACUAGAUUUUAAACAAUUAUUUUGUCAAUAGGAAUCAUUCUCUUAACACCUUAAUUAUAUUACUGUCUCAUGGGAAUGGUUUGGAUUCUAACCUCUGUCAUCAAUUUACAGCUCAGGUUCUUAAGGAAGCACCCUGAAAGAGAUGAUGCCUAUUAUUCUUAGCUCAAGUAUGUGUUGAAUAUCAACUGUGCGCUUAAAAGCUGCUUACACCACUGAAGUAUAAAAGGAACUGUAUUUUCUUACAGGUACAGGCUUUGAAAAUCCAGAUAAAUUUGUGGUUGGAUAUGCUCUUGACUCUAAUGAAUACUUCAGAGAUCUAAAUUGAGUUGGUAAUGCAAUAUAGGUGCAUAAGAAAUGUUUGUGCUUCACCUUUUUAUAAUUGCAGGACAUUCUGGACCCCCAGGAGGGUGAGCAGCAUACAAUCUGCAGCCACAUCUUGAAAAUAAAAUAACUUGUAAUUUGACUUUAAUUGGAUAUUUGUCUUAGGUCAAUCCUAUGUUGCUCUUCUGUCACCAGGUCUUUAAAGCGGCCGUGCAGGGACUCUCUGUGAAGGUUUUCCAUACACUUCUGGAUAACAUGGCUUUUUGUUGAGGCAUUGUUGCUUGUCGGGGAUAUCCUCCCUUCAAAAUGGCUUCUGGAUUCCCAGAAAAGACACCAACACCUCCGUCUUCUGUCCAGGGAGAUGCUGAAGUCUUUAACUGCCGUGAGAGCAGGCUGCCCCUGCACAUCAGAGGGGAAGGCCAAAGACCCUUGGUUGAAUUCAGCUCUCCUUCACUGAACCUUGGGAACAUUCCUAUCAACACCCCCCACAUCUGUCAGGUGAAGCUGAUUAACCAAGGAGCUAUUAAUGCUCCCUUCACCUAUAGCCCUUCAACUGCAAACGUGGGCUUCUGCUUCAAGUUUGCACCUGAGGAGGGCAUCAUUACACCAGGUGGGAUCCAGACUAUUCAGAUCUCCUUCAGUCCCACUGUGCUGGGGACGUUUGAGGAAGAAUUUCAGUUCAGUGUGGCUGGAUCUCCUGUGCCUGCAAUCCUGACCAUCAAGGGCAAUGUCACUCAACCGACUUUGCGCUUCGACCUCGAUGAGCUCAGCUUCGGGGACAUCUCCUUUGGCUUUCCCUACACCCAGAGCUGUCGCCUGACUAACGCCUCCCCGGUGCCCGUGACGUUCAAGCUCCGCAUGUCGGACGAUGGCACGCAGCCUGCUGUGAAUGUCUUUGAUCAGAUACGCAGCGACAGUGACCCGUCCUGGAGGGAGGGAAUUCGUUUUUUUGUGGAGCCAAGGGAGUUUACAAUGAAUCCCAGCCAAGGGACCAUCCUCCCCCAGGGACAUCAGGAUAUCGAGGUGACCCUGUGUUCCAACACGGUGAUGGAUUUCUACCGGAAAAUGCUGGUGGACCUGGAGGGUGUUGGCAAGGGAGUGGCAUCACUGGUCAUCACAGCCAGGUGUCUCGUUCCUGAGCUGCAAGUGUACCCCCAAAUCCUGCUGUACGAUGAGUGUCAGCUGAAGGUGCCAUACCAGAGGAAGUUCCUCAUUGCAAAUAACACCGACCUUCCUGGCUGCUACGGGCUUAUUCCCCAGAAACGCAAGGAGGACUCUCCUGUGUUCUACUCCAGCCACAAACCCUGUGGGAUUGUCUACCCUCACAGCAUUGCAGAGAUUCCAGUUACAAUUGAAGUCCAAACACUGGGCAAGCAUGACACCGACGUUCUUAUCGGCGUGUUUGGGGAUGAGAGAAACCCACUGAGACCAGAAUUACGGAGCUCUGGACAGCUGGCAGAAAUCUACCCAAGUCCAAGGCUGAUAGAUUUUGGCAUGGUCCCAGCACUACAGCCUACAUCACGAAGCUUUAUCCUCUUCAACAACAGUCUUGCCUCUACAGACUUCAGGAUGGAGAUUCCUCGCCAAGCCCACUGCUUUGCCAUUGAACCCAGAGAAGGAGUGAUCCCCGCUAGGGGUGAGGUGCCUGUGACUGUCACAGCAACCCUGGAUGACACUGGACUCUUUGUUAGCGUUAUCCAGCUGUUCAUUGGGGACAGCCUUUGGACUGCCUGUGGGCUGGUGGCUUUGGGCACUGACAGCACAAUUGUCAUAGACAAACCAUGUGCCCCAGAGCUUCCAGGGCAGCCAGAGUGACGUCCUGGAUUUCCACAGAUUGGCUCUUGCAAUUAAGGAAUAACUAUUGUGCAAAUAUUAAGAAAAGCUUUAGUGAUGUAUAGUUAUGUUAUGGUAGUUUAGAUGUCCUCUGUUCUCCCCAGAGUCCCCUUCCCCCACCCCUGUAUUUUUACCAUCAGACAGCCUGGGUUGUCUAGGACAGGUAGAAAGAAGGCGAGCACAUGUGCCCUGUCCCUGGGGCAGCUGGGAAUGGAAAACUUGUUGCUUAGAGGGUGUGGCAUGGCAACACCCCAUCUCCAAUCAAGUUGCAAGAAAGCAAUCUCCACUGAUAAAUGGCAAAGAAGAGCUGACUGACACACUUUGGGAGGGACCAGGGUUGGCUGAUGCAACCCCCCCAGGGGUAUAAAGGACUGAGCAUCCAUCUUGAAGAUGAACCGACCACGUGGUGUCCAUGAGGGCAGUUCCCAGCGCUGCAAAUUUUUCCUUAUGUAGUCCUUUUGUUGUAUUUUUGUUAAAAUGUAAUAAACCUUUUUACAUUUUCAAAGUGA